AUGGUUGAGAAUCACCACUCCAAACUGGACAUGCCCAGCCCCUCACAAACAGCGGCGUCAGAGAACGCAACCACUGUACCAUGCGGCGGCGGAGACCAAAGAAGGACAGAAGAAGAGGUCUCACGCCUGGGAGCGUGUACAGGUUCGACCCUCAUUCAGGCUAAUGUUCCUCCUCUCUUUUGCUUCAGCUGGUUCCGUUUCGAAUCAAAAGGCCUGCAGGGUGACCCCGAUCGCCGGACGUCCACGAGGGAUCGCCGGAGUUCGUGGGGCUACGUUUUCAUCCUCGUGAACAACUGCCUCCAGUACAGCGCUUACUACGGCGUGUCGACGAACCUGGUGAACUUCCUCAAGGUCCAGCUGCACUCCGGCAGCAAGGCCGCGGCGAACAGCGUCACCAACUGGCAGGGCACCGCCUCCAUCACGCCGCUCGCGGCCGGCUUCCUCGCCGACUCUUUCCUCGGCAGGUACUGGACCAUCACCCUCUUCCUCUUCAUCUCCGUCGCGGGGUACGGCGUCGUGGCGGCGAGCGCGGUGUUCUACGCGGGGCUGUACCUGGUGGCGCUGGGCGGCGCGCUGCAGCCGGUCCUGUCGUCGUUCGGGGCCGACCAGUUCGACGCCGAGUCCGACGAGGAGGAGCGCCGGCGGCAGAGCUCCUUCUUCAACUGGUUCUACCUGUCCAUUGUCGUGGGCUCGCUCGUGGGCGGCACCGUCCUGGUGUGGGUGCAGUCCGCCCACGGCUGGCGGCUCGGCUACGGCAUCCCGGCGCUGCUCAGCGUGCUCGCCGUCGCUCUGUUCCUCGCCGGCACGGGCGCGUACCGCCGCCACCAGCCCCCCGGCGGCAGCCCGCUCACCAGGAUCGCGCAGGUGGUGGUCGCCGCCGCCAGGAAGUGCGACGUGGAGAUCCCGACCGACGCCACGCUGCUGCACGAGUGUGACGGGGACGACGGCAUGUCAGUGAUUCAGGGGAGCCGCCGCCUCGCGCACACUGACGAGUUCAGGUUCUUGGACAAGGCGGCGGUGGAGACGGCGGGCGACAAGGCGCGGCCGGCGAGCCCGUGGCGGCUGUGCACCGUGACGCAGGUGGAGGAGCUCAAGUGCGUGCUCCGACUGCUGCCGGUGUGGGCGUGCGGCAUCAUCUUCGCGGCCGCCUACACGCAGAUGACCACCACCUUCAUCCUCCAGGGUGACACGCUGGACCCGCGCGUCGGCAGCUUCCGCGUGCCCCCCGCCGUGCUCACCGUCUUCGACACCCUCAGCGUCAUGCUCUGGGUGCCGCUCUACGACCGCGCCGUCGUGCCGCUCGCGCGCCGCCUCACGGGCCACCGCCGCGGGUUCACGCAGCUGGGGCGCAUGGGUGUGGGCUUCGUCAUCCUCACUGUUGCCAUGCUCGCCGCCGGCACGCUCGAGGUGGCGCGGCGCCGCGUCGUCGCGCGCCACGGCACCUACACCGGCGAGGACGGCGCGGGGUACGUGCCGAUGUCGAUCUUCUGGCAGGUGCCGCAGUACGUGGUGGUGGGUGCCGCAGAGGUGUUCACGUUCAUCGGGCAGAUGGAGUUCUUCUAUGACCAGGCGCCGGACGCCAUGCGGAGCGUCUGCUCGGGGCUCUCCAGCGCGGCGUUUGCGCUGGGCAACUACGCGAGCUCGGCGCUCGUGGCCGUCGUGGUGCGCGCGACGUGGUGCUCGUGGAUCCCCGACGAUAUCAACGACGGCCAUCUGGACUACUUUUUCUGGCUGCUCGCCAUGCUCUGCAUCGGCAACUUCGGCGCGUACCUGCUCGUCGCACGGUGGUAUACCUACAAGAAGACCGCUGACUGA